AUGCCGACUGUCAUCCAGAACGCGCUAGGAAUUACUGCUGACAGAAUUAAGACUUACGCACUAGAGGCCUAUGCUCCUGCUGGCUUCACUGGUGAUCCAUCACAGUUGCUGACACUGUAUUUGGUGUUUCUACCUACUGAAGACGUUUCCACACUGGCUUCAUAUAUCAAACAGUUGAACUCCCCGUGGUACAAAGGGUCAAUUGGUAUUCCUGGUCAACUCGCGAACCUCAUCAUACCAUCGUACCCCCUGUUGUCUGUACCCCCGCCAAGUCCCGGGCGUGACGGCUCAGGAGGUGCGGGUUCCGGUGGUGGGAAUGGACGUCGAAAUGCCAUUAUUGGCGUGUGUGCAGCAUUUGGUGGUCUCGCGCUACUCAUUCUCGUCUGGUGGUGCGCUCGAGCGUAUCGUAGAUCGCGUGAACAUGGACAUAUACAGCUCGAUGGCUCUACUCAGGGUGAGGAUGACUUGCAUGUCGUUUCUGCUGGAGGGACGAGCCCGCGAGCCACGACAGCGGCUCGAUCGCAUAGUUCGCCCUCGAUGCUGCAACUCAGCCCGAAUGGUAUCGAGAGGCCCGUGGCGGCACCUGUGGGUGGGGAAGAUGGCAGGAGAAGGAGUUUCUUCUAUGCAGAGGAUGAGCUGAGAGGGUUUGAUGAUGGCUCCAGGGAUGAGGAUAUGGUUUAUGUUCAUCGACAACCCAGUUCGGGGAGGAGGGUACCGAUUACCCCUGCUGCUAUCUCGGCGCCCAUUCUGCGCGAGAGCAGCUUGAAUUGGUAG